AGGUGUGGCGUGUAAAUCAGCUCUGCUGCAAAUGAACCUGUGAGUGAACGGAACAUGGCGCAUCACCACCACGGCAUCGAUUUAGCGCUAGUACUAAAUGAUAGCAUAGACCUUUCCAAAUUCCCAGAUGACGAAAGAUUCAAAAUUGAACAUGCGAGGAUGCACGAGAAGCACCGUGGGCACGAGCGGAUGCACGCUUACAUGAUCCUCAUACUUUUGGUGUCCGUUGUCGUUGCUCAAGUCGUUCUCGUCCAGUGGAAGAAACGACACUUCAGCUCCUACCAGCGGGUGUCCAUGGUGGGUAUGUGGAUCGUACCUCUGGCCAUGUCCUGCUACUCCCAUUGGUGGCGCUUCGUCUUCAUCUGGUCCGUGUUUACUGUCUUAACCUGUAUAGUGGUGAGCUGGGCAUUGCGCAAGCCCAUCGCCAGGACCACACCUAGAUGGGUCUACAAGUGGUUCUACGUUGUCCACAUGAAAAGCUAUGCAUUAGGUGUGGUAGGCUACAUUAUAGUGAUGAUGACACUGCUGGGAGUGAACUUAAUAUUUCAAGCAAAGCCACAGACGUGGAUGGACAUAGGACUCCUGAUGCUCUUUUAUGGCCUCUACUUUGGCCUCUUAGGUCGUGACAUUUCUGAGAUAAUCACAGAUCGCAUGGCUUGCACCAUUGGGUAUUACACGCCGACAGGUGUCCCGAUAAGACAACUGGAGCCCAAUGUGUGCGCAGUGUGUGGGAACAAGAUAUUGGUCAUGGACAAUAACGACGCCAUAGUGGAGCAGACGUACAAACUGCCCUGCGGUCAUUUAUUCCACGAGUUCUGCAUUCGCGGCUGGUGCAUCGUGGGAAAGAAGCAGACCUGUCCCUACUGCAAGGAAAAGGUGGACCUCAAACAUAUUUUCUGCCAUCCAUGGCAAAAGCCACACAUGCUGUACGGCAACUUCCUGGAUUUCAUUCGCUACCUAGUGCUCUGGCAGCCCAUGAUCAUCUUGUGUGUACAGUUUGUCAACCACUUGUUGGGACUUGAGUGAGACGAUGCUUUGUAGUGUUGUGCAAGAAAACCUUUUGUACAUAUCUCUUCCAUAAAGGAACUACAUUAACA